AUGGCUCAUCUUCUCGAAGCUCAUCAUCCUUUAAAAUUUUUUCACGGAAGCAAGAGAGAAUAUGAAUAUUUAUUAAAACACUAUGUAAAUGAGGGCGGAAAUGAAGAGGAUUUCGAGAGGGCACUUUCUCAAUCUUCAACAAUCUAUGUAGAAAAUCUAAGUUUUUAUACCAAGGAGGAGCAAAUAUACGAAUUGUUUGAAAAAUGUGGAGAAGUUAAGCGAGUUGUAAUGGGUUUAAAUAGAAAUACGUUAACACCUUGUGGAUUUUGUUUUGUUGAGUUCUAUCACAGAUCCGAUGCAGAGGAAUGCGUUAAAUAUUGUAGAGGAUGUAAAUUAAAUAAUCGUGCUCUUAAAAUUGCCAUCGAUACAGGUUUCGUAGAAGGGAGACAAUACGGAAGAGGAAAAGAUGGUGGUAUGAAGAGAGAUGAUUAUAUAAAGAUGCUAAAGAAACGAGGACCAAGAGGUGGAAGAGAACCAAGAGGAGGAGGUUCAAUGUCUGGUAGAAGAUCUUAUGAUAAUGAUCGUGAUAGUAGCAGAUCAUCAUCCUAUAAUAAUGACUAUCAUCGUGGAGGAAACAAUGGAUCAGAUCAUCAUCGUCACUCUGAUAAUUAUUCUCCACCUUCUCCUCCAUUCCGAGAUGAUCGAGAUCGAUAUGGAUCGUCAUCUUCUAGGCCAUCAUCACCAUACAGAAAUCCACGAUCAACUCGUGAUUAUCACUAUUCCAACAAUAAUAAUAAUAGAUAUCAACCUUACCCUCCUCCACAAAAUAAUUCACCUCACUAUGGAAGAGUUGAUUCAAGAAAUAAUUCUUCAUCCUAUUAUGGUCCAACAUCUUCUUAUGGUAGAGUGUCUGAUAAUUCAAAUCAAAUUGAAAUUCCACCACCUCGUUCUUACAAUAACAACAACAAUAGAGGAGGAGCAUAUUAUGACAGACAUCAAUCUUAUGGAAAUUAUUCUGAUAGACCUUCAUAUGGAAGAACAACCAAUGAUUCAAAUAAGAACAACAAUCAAGGAUCAUCUCGUAAUGAGUUUGAAUCUCGUCCUAGAGACAGUAGAGACUACGGUCCAAGACACUAA